AUGUUAGCCUUUGCCACCAGGACCUGGGUGAAGCCCCUGGGCCUCCUCAAGCCUUCCUCCUUGAUAAAGGUUUCUGGCCGCUUGAAGGCUCACCAGGAUGCACUGCCGCGGCUGCCUGUGCCCCGACUCCAACAAUCCCUGGACAGUUACCUCAAGGCGCUACAGCCCAUCGUGAGCGAGGAAGAGUGGGCCCACACCAAACAACUGGUGGAUGAGUUUCAGACUUCGGGGGGUGUAGGGGAGCGCUUGCAGAAGGGGCUAGAGCGCAGAGCUAAGAAGAUGGAGAACUGGCUGUCUGAGUGGUGGCUCAAGACAGCUUACCUCCAGUACCGCCAGCCCGUGGUCAUCUACUCCAGCCCAGGCGUGCUGCUGCCUAAGCAGGACUUCGUGGAUCUGCAGGGUCAACUCCGGUUCGCUGCCAAACUCAUCGAGGGUGUGUUGGAUUUCAAGUCCAUGAUUGACAACGAGACCCUGCCCAUUGAGUACCUGGGGGGAAAGCCACUAUGCAUGAACCAGUACUAUCAGAUCCUGUCCUCCUGCCGUGUGCCGGGCCCUAAACAGGACUCAGUGGUGAACUUCAUAAAGACCAAGAAGCCGCCCAUGCACAUCACUGUAGUGCAUAAUUACCAGUUCUUCGAGCUGGAUGUGUACCACAGUGAUGGAACACCGCUCACCUCAGAUCAGAUCUUCGUGCAGCUGGAGAAAAUUUGGAACUCAUCACUACAGACCAACAAGGAGCCCGUGGGCAUCCUAACCUCCAACCACCGUAACACCUGGGCCAAGGCCUACAGCACUCUCAUCAAAGAUAAAGUAAACCGGGAGUCAGUAAACUCCAUCCAGAAGAGCAUUUUCACCGUGUGCCUAGACAAGCCAGUGCCCAGGGUCUCAGACGAUGUCUACCGGAACCAGGUGGCAGGCCAGAUGCUGCACGGGGGUGGCAGCAAACUCAACAGUGGCAACCGCUGGUUCGACAAGACACUGCAGUUCAUCGUGGCAGAAGACGGCUCCUGUGGGCUGGUUUAUGAGCAUGCAGCAGCAGAGGGGCCCCCCAUCGUCACUCUUGUGGACCAUGUCAUCGAAUACAUAAAGAAGCCCGAGCUUGUACGGUCUCCCAUGGUGCCCCUCCCAAUGCCCAAGAAGCUACGAUUCAACAUCACACCUGAGAUCAAGAACGACAUCGAGAAGGCUAAGCAGAACAUGGGCAUCAUGAUCCAGGACCUGGACAUCUCCAUGUUGUUUUUCCACCACUUUGGAAAGGACUUCCCCAAAACAGAGAAGCUGAGCCCCGAUGCCUUCAUCCAGUUAGCUCUACAGCUGGCGUACUACAGGAUCUACAAGCAGGCAUGUGCCACAUAUGAAAGCGCCUCUCUGCGCAUGUUUCACCUGGGCCGCACGGACACCAUCCGCUCAGCCACCACAGACUCGCUCGCCUUUGUCAAGGCCAUGGAUGACUCCAACGUGACGGAGCACCAGAAGGUGGAGCUGCUGCGGAAGGCUGUGCAGGCCCACAGAGACUAUGUGGACCGUGCCAUCCGUGGGGAGGCUUUUGAUCGGCACCUGCUGGGCCUGAAGCUGCAAGCCAUCGAGGACCUGGUGAGCAUGCCUGACAUCUUCAUGGACACCUCCUACGCCAUUGCUAUGCACUUCAACCUCUCUACCAGCCAGGUCCCUGCCAAGACAGACUGCAUCAUGUUCUUUGGACCCGUGGUCCCAGACGGUUAUGGCAUCUGCUAUAACCCGAUGGAGGCCCAUAUCAACUUCUCCGUGUCAGCCUACAACAGCUGUGCUGAGACCAAUGCUGCCCGCAUGGCACACUACCUGGAGAAGGCCCUGCUGGACAUGCGCACCCUGCUGCAGAACCACCCCCGGGCCAAGCUCUGAGCACUGGGCCCAGGCCUGCCAGUGCCACAGCCAUACCCACUUUGGGAUGGGCACCUGCCACAGCUCAAUUCUUGGCUCCCAUGCCCCCAAUUUGACUUGAGGCAAGGAAGCAUUCUGUAGUGGGACCUCUAGGUGCAAGCCAAGUGCCUUCCAGGGCCUGUCCUCAGCACCUACCAUGCAUGGCCCAAGUCCAGGGGCUGAAUUCAGAGGUUGAGCAAGACUACGGGCCAGGCCCCCAACAUAGCAUUCAGUGCCACCACCACCAGGAAAGGGCAUCAGUCCAUCCAGCUCGGCCCUUAUCAGAGUGGGGAUUAUAGAGUUCCUUUUCCUCCCAGCUCAGCCCUGGCCAGUCUCUUCUCUCUCCAUAGACAAGGUGGGCUCUGUGUCCUCAUCUUCAAUUGCCCAAGGACCUGGGGUCAGAGGGUGAUCUAGAGCUGAGGGGGAGCUUCCAUUGAAGCUGAGGGGUAAGGCUUCCUGGCUGAAGUGACUCCAGAGGCCUCCAACCACCUGGAGGUACUAUCGCCCACGUGGCUACUGUGCUUUUUCAAAUAUGUCUGCCAAGUCCCAGCCCUGUUGCUUCCAUUCAGCUUGAUUCUUGAACCACAUUCACGGUUGUUCAACAUGCCAGGUAACUAAUAAAGGGGAGAUGUGCUGGUGA